AUGUCUUCAACCUCCUCUACUACGGAACCAACUCCAGAAAUACAGGCCAACAAGCCAGUAUUUGAAGGCCAUCCACCCCUCCCUGUUAAUCUGGGUAGCAUUGAAAACCUUCCUCCUCCGGUUCAUAUCUACAGCAUACCUGUUCAUCUUCAAAGACUUGUCACUCUUGACUUAUCUGUUAUUCAUAGUAGAGCAACAACCGCCAACGACUUGCGCGAUUUUAUAAAAUGUUUCUAUCACACCAUCUCUUGCCUUUGCCUUCAACGCAAGGCAGUCCUACUCGACGCCUUCAUUUAUUAUGUGGUACCCAUCCUUUGCAAACCGCACAUCUUUGAAAGAGAGCCUGGAAUCUUCUACUCGUUCAAUGUACCCUUACAGAUUGAGCUGCAGGAAGAGCCCGGUGCCGGCGAGGUUGGCAACAACAAUAACAAUGCCAGGGUUGAUCAGGAUGCUGCCGUGUGGAAGUUGAUGCUUGCAAGUCAAAGAACAAGAAGAUACACGACUUCACCUCAUGUGACCGUGACAGUCACUCCUGAUGCAAGGCCAAAGAUGUAUGUUUGA